AUGUUCAGACUUGCGGUCUUCGCGCUGGCUCUAGCUCUGGCAUCAGCCAGCCUUGACGCUAACUGGCUGAUCUACAAGAAAACUCAUGAGAAGAGCUAUGACGAAAGAGAAGACGCUGUCCGUCACCUCAUCUGGAAAACCAAUCUCCAGAAGAUUGAACUGCACAAUGAGCUUUACGCCCAGGGUCUGUCCAGUUACUACAUGGGGGAGAAUCAUUUAACGGACAUGACAAGUGAGGAAGUAAACAGGAUGAUAAAAGGCUUGAAGAUCAACAGAAAGCUGAAUCCUGGCAACUACACGUCUGGACUCUACAAAGACAGCCUUCCUGCUGCAGUCGACUGGCGUGAAAAGAACGUGGUCACAAAGGUCAAAGAUCAGCUUGACUGCAUGUCAUGCUGGGCCUUCUCGGCAACUGGAGCUGUGGAAGGUGCUCAUGCCAUAGCCACCAAACAGCUGGUCAGCCUGUCAGAAGAAAAUCUCAUGGAUUGCAGAAGCAAAGCUGGGUGCAGCGAAGGUGGAUUCAUGGAUGACGCUUUUGCUUACAUAAUCAAAAACAAGGGAAUUGAUACAGAGGAUAGCUAUCAAUACGUUGCAAAGGAUGAACCGUGCGCAUUCAAACCCGAUAGCGUUGGAGCCACCAUCACAUCAUUCACAGACAUUACCUCUGGCAGUGAAGACGAGCUCCAAAAGGCUGUAGCCGAGAAAGGCCCUGUCAGUGUCGGCAUCGACGCUAACCAUGAUUCAUUCAUGUCGUACAAAGGCGGUAUUUACGACGAACCUAACUGCAGUUCUAAAGAACUCGACCAUGGUGUGUUGGUGGUUGGGUAUGGCAGCAAAGAUGGCAAGGAUUACUGGAUC